AUGAGACACCCAAGCGGAAUUUCAAUAUGUGUUCAAAUAAACACACUACCUUUAGAACAAUGUUUCAAACGUGCUAUAGACGUUAGUAAUUAUACCGAAGUAAUAGAUAGAUAAUCAUAUUUCAUAACUGGAGAACUAAUCAGUCGUUAGCGAGACAGUAUCGCAAUAUAACAUCUUAAGUUAUAAUUGCUUGAAAGAUUUAAACAAUUAGUGUUUAUCUGAUUUUCAAUAAUAAUUACACAAUAGCGGUAGGACUGGUCUUUUCAACUGCAAAAGAGAAUUGGGCUGGACUAAACCAAAUUGCGUGUAUUUGUACGCAUUACAUGUAGAUUUGAACGAACUGCUGGCGAAUGAAUGCACCGACGUUCGGUUUGAAGAAUACGGCGAUGAUCAUCUGAAAAUUUGACGGAUUUUAAAUUGCUUUGAAUCUAAUGUAAUUGGAGGAUGCAGUCGAGUGAAAUUGAUUAAUCGAAGACAAAAUAUCGUUAUCGUCCGACAGAUUCCGUUAUCGUGCGGCCGAUUUCGUUGCCGUCCGACAUAUUUCGUUCGUUAUCGUCCGCCAUGGGUCAGCAGGUCAGCGUAGAAACACUUUCAUCGUCCAAAGACGACAGUGGCCACAAGUACUGGGCUAGUUUUGAUCCAUAUCCGUUCAAAGUCGGUAGCAAGAAGCUGUCCUAUAUGGGAAUUUUAAACGGGGACGGCCCACUCAGAGGUCAAAAAUGUGUCGUGAAAACCAUCAGAAAUGGCGCCAUCACAAGGCAGGACUUUUUGCUGGAGUCAAAAAGAACAAAAAUCGCCAGAGCCCUUUCCAAUUUUUACAACAAAAUAGUGCCAUCCGGUGAAAAGCACAUAGCUUUUAAUACACAUAUAACGGCGGAGAUCGAUGCCCUAUCUGAUUGUUUAUGCAUCAAUGACAUACUUGGAAAACCUAAAAAGAAGUUCCAAGAAGCGGAAUUUGUUUCCAUCGAAUUGUACAUUAAAGGCAAAUUUGAAGAAUUUGAAUAUGGAUGGGUCAGCGAUUCCCAGUUAGAAGUCCCAGAAGCAUUUGCACACUUUUCGUGGUGUAGAAGUGAAGGGAAUAUGUUAGUAUCGAACCUACAGGGCGUGAUGACAGCAUAUGGGUACCACCUGACUGGACCUACAAUUCAUUCAGAAGAUAAAUCAUUCGGAAGAUCAGACCUGGGACUGGAUGGUAUUAAGGGAUUUUUCAAGCUACACAGAUGCAACAGACUAUGUAGAAACUGGCCUCGGUUCGGAGAUGGUGUUGACCUGAGGGGUUGGGGUGAGUACAUCGGAAUGAACGACCGCAGGCCGAGUGCUCCGCCAUACUACAUGUUCUUUCCGUCAGAGGAACCGCCUCCAUAUUGCGCUGAUGUCGUGCCAUAUCUCCAAGAGGAUCAUAUGGGACUCCAAGAAUCGUGGACAAAUCACAGCGCCUCAGUUACAACUUCGACACAUUGCGAAAUGUCACCCUCGCAACUGCGGGGUCAGAGUGGUAUUGUUCUAGAUUGGAGGGAAGAAUUUUUCAAUCAACAGAUGACGUUUGCGUCGGGAUAUGCUAGCGACAACCCGAUGUUCCAGGGAGGUCCCUCUGGAUCCCAGUUGAUGUGGAUUGUGCAACAGAUGCGCUAUGCGGUCUAUACCGUUCCUCCACCUUACCUUCCCUAUCCGAAUCAACACACUGGUGCAAUUGAAAUGAAGAAGCCAACAACGGACAAUGCAGGAGACGACUAUUUCUUCCUCGAAAGUGAUCGCAAGUGUCUGCUCCCUCCUCCAUACAGCGAGGAAAGUGUUGACCCCGAGCAUGAAACGGUAACAUACCUUUGAACACAAAUGCGAAACAACAACGAUGACACGGCAUCAUCAUAAUUCUAUAUUAUUCGCGAGACAGUAAUUCUCGUUGAUUUCGUGGUUUAACCAAUUCGCUAAUUUACACAAACACAUCGGAAAAUGACCGAAACAAAUUCCUCAUUUUAUCCGAAAUAUGAAUUCCACGAAUUGAAGUUACCAAGAAAAAGUCAUGAAAAGCAAAUAAAUUAAAUGUUAAUUAAUAAAUUAAUGGGGACGCAUAUACAUGCGUUUCCAGUAUUUGUUAUUCUGUCUCGUUUUCGCUGAUUAAUACAAUUAACUGUGGAGUGCUAGUAUAUGGCCGGUUGCAAGUAUUAAAACCCACAUCUGACACAUUGAAUACAUCUAAAGAAUGGACAGAGGUCGCGUAUACUUUUAUUCUAGUUUUAAGUUAUGUAUAUAUAGACAUGUUUUGUGAUGUGUCUUAAGUGUUACUAUUGAAUAUAAUGACCAUACAUUCAUUGUCAUAGCUCAUUAACAAGUUUGCUAUGCAAACAUGUGAAUUUCACGGAUUUGAUUUCUAUAAAGAUAAAUACGUUUAAAUGCUGAACAUUGUACAUUCUUAUUGUGUAUAUUUGAUUAUUUGUUUUGUGCUUCAAUAAUUCCAUCAAAUAUUUUAAUAUGUUUGUAGUUUGCUUUUUCAUAUUUAACAAAUACCAAGUGGUCCAAAAUCGAUUUUAAUUCUAAUAUUCGUUGUUCAUCGAAAGAGUAUUCUGAAAGCGCCGACUGCGUUAAUAUAAUGCCGUCGAUAGAAACAGUUAAAUCUUUCAGUUAUUGUUCUUGUACUGCGCACUUCUUAUUUAAGUCUUAAAUCAUUGCAAUACUUUUUAGUAAUGAUCUGCUCUACAAAAUUACAGAACGUCAAUUUGGUUCUGCAUUAUAAAUAAGACAAUGAAAUAA